AUGAUUCAAUUAAAGUCGAUGCUCAACUGCAUCGACAACUCGGGCGCCGCCUUGGUCGAGUGCGCCCUGAUCGUCGGCCAGAAGAGGCACGCAUCGAUAGGUGACCGCAUCGUCGUCGUCGUCCAGGAGCAGCGCAAGAACCCCAACGAGGGCGCCGCCGCCCUGGCCGCCUCCAACAAGGUCAAGCGCGGUGACAUCCGCCACGCCAUCGUCGUCCGCACAAAGUACAAGGUCCAGCGCAAGGACGGCUCCGUUGUCCGGUUUGAUGACAAUGCCUGUGUCCUGAUCAACAAGGCCGGCGACCCCGUUGGAUCUCGCGUCAACGGCAUCGUCGGAAUGGAGCUGCGCAAGGCCAAGUGGAGCAAGAUUCUGAGCAUGGCUCCCAUGCACAUAUGA